AUGGAAAUCUACAGGAUCUAUCAACAACUGCCAAUCGCUUUUUGCGUUUUUGCAUUCGUUGUAAAUCCCAUAUUCAUUUUUCUUGUAUUUUCUGAAAAAUCUUCGAUGAUUGGAAAUUAUCGAUUCCUUUUGUUAUUCUUUGCAAUUUUUGAUUUAAUCUACUCUGUGGCUAAUGUGUUGGUGCCAUUGGACAUUCAUAGUUACCGCUACUGUUUCUUUUCAAUCACUCGAAAUGGAUGGUUCGUGGAACACUCCAAUUUUAAUUUCCACAUGAUGACUGCCCGUUGUUCUUUAGUUGGCGCAAGCUACGCCGUUCUCCUUGUUCACUUCAUUUAUCGCUAUCUUGUCAUUCAUAAUUCCAGUCUCACACGCAGCAAGUUUCAUUGGUACAUGCUAUUCUCUAUUUCUAUUUGUGUUGUAUAUUUUGGUGUUUGGCAUUCUAUCUGUUACUUUUUGGGAAAAGCAAAUAUGGAAACACGAGAUUACAUUCGUGAGGAGUUUCAAAAGACUUAUGGAAACGACUCCAUGAACUUUAACAUGCUCGGUGCUCUUUAUAGUGAGGGUUCCGAUGAAACUAGAUUCCGAUCUUGGUUGGCUGUCUUGCUAACGACAAGUAUCUCUACCAUAUCCAUCAUAAUGUUUAUGGUAUUGGCGAUUACUACAGUGACGAAAUUGAAAAAAAUGACGAGGAACGCGAGCAAAAAGAUCUCCAAAUUGCAAGUCGACCUGCUCCGAGCUCUUGUUGUCCAAACUGUCAUUCCAAUUUUUAUCAGCUUCUCUCCGUGUCUUAUUUGCUGGUAUAGUCCGAUGUUUGGAAUUCAGUUGGCUAGAGGUUUCGACUACGUAGAAGUCAUUGUUCUGGGCGUCUUUGCUUUUGUCGAUCCAGUUGCUAUCACUUUGUGCCUUCCGACUUUUCGUAACCAAAUCUUUUCAUUUUGUCGUCUUACUACUACGGCAGAAAAUUCCAGGACGAAUCGUGAGACCCAUUGA